AUGUUGAUGUUAUUGCCUCCAGAGAUUGUUGAAAAUAUUUGCGAAAAGCUUCACGGCACAGACCUCAAAGCCCUCUCCCAAACCUCCAAAUAUCUCCAUCAAACAACCCACCGUCCCCUAUGGCGCUCCCUAACUAUCUUCCCUCCAUCAUCAACCAAUCGUCACUCCAUUUCGUCGUCCGGCCCACCGCAACAAUGUCUUCAAGCCACGCGAGCUCUACACUUUCACAUUGACGAUGCGAAGCAUUGCGUUCAUGCGCACGAUUGGUUGGGCUAUAUGGGAAAUUGGUUGGACAAGGAUCCGCAGUUGCAUGAUACUUGGGAGGGAAGGAGCGAUAGUUUUGGGUUGGAGGGGGGGAGAAUUGUUAGAGUUAAGUAUGAGUGUCUUGUGCAGAGGGCUUUGGCUUUGUUGAGACGCUUCGAUGAUGGCCAGCUUGAGACUUUCAGUUGGAACUAUAUGACGUGCAUCCCAUCCGAGGUCCUCCAGCAUCUUUCGCUCAAACAUUCCUCCAUCCAAGCUCUGAACUUCACGACCGAUCCCUUCUGCAGCAGCUUCAACCGCUGGAGCAGAAACACAGACAUGAACCUCUCCGCCUUCCGCAACAUCCGACGAUUUAGUUGGAAAGCUCCAAUGGGAUGCCACUUCGGCAACAUUGCCACCUUGGUCCAGAUGAACUCAAAUCACUUGGAGGAACUGGGGCUUGACCUGCAAUGUUGGUCACAACAGUGGGAAAAUAGAGAGAUUAGGAUUGUCAGGCAGGGAGAUGGCGAUGAGAAGUGGAAUAACGUGCCUGCUAGUAUGAUGCUGGCAAGGCAGAUAUUCGGAGUUGGACCGGACACCGACACGGAUACGUCCUUUCCGAAGAUGAGAAGCCUGAAGCUCACAAGAGUACCACUAAAAGACGAGAUCACGGGAAAGGCAGUUUCCCCAGCAUGUACCAACGUCUCAAACCUCACGUCUCUCACACUGAACAUGUGUCCCUGCUGGACAACGCUCCUUACAACACUCACCCAGUCCCAAAAACCACUCAAUCUCAAAUCCUUCGAGAUCCUAGACUUCUAUCUCCAAACGCCCCAAGAAACAGCCAUAGGAAAAACAACCAUUAUCAAAAACUUCCUCGACUCAUUCACUGGUCUUGAAGAGUUGUUUAUAAGCUAUUGUGACCCCACAUCAGUUCUCAAAUUCUGGGAACAUCUUGCGCGUCAUACUGGUUUGAAGAGUUUUGUGCAUCAUCAGAGGGUUACUGAUCGGGAUGAUGAGAUGGUGGGUGUGAGGAUGGGGAGCGAUUUGAUGGGGCUUGGGAUGGAUGAGAACGAGUUGGGGGGGAUUGGAGAAGAUCCGGGGAUGAAUCCGCUUUCGAGGCUUGAUCUGCAAUUCUUUGGGUUAACGUGUGCACCUAAGUAUCUGAAAGACGUUCUACUGCCUUUUGUGACGAAACGCUCACUUAGGGUUCUUCACAUUCGUCAAACCGGCGUGAAUAUAGAUUGCACUCCUUCAUGGAUCUUCGACAAGAGCCAUGUCACGGACGUCGAGAGCAACCAACCUCUGGCCAGAACCGACGUCACCGCACCAAACGAAGACGUAAAUGAGGAUGUCUUUAAAGGUCAAACGCCGCCCCUCCAACAAUCUUUUCGCAUUUUCGCAGACUGGAUCUUCAGUUUAGAAGGAAUUAAUUCGCUAGAGUAUAUCGUAGCGGGCGAUCUUUCACAUGGGGACAGAUACGCUGAGAAUAAUGUCUUGGUCUGUAGGGAGGAGAAUGGCUAUCGUGUUGUAGGACAGAGGGACGGUGGUGGUGAGUGGAGGGAUGUUAGGAGGAGGUUUGGUAGAGCUUUGGGAGUUUGUCCUGUCGAGAAUGUUAUUCCGGAAUAUAGUUCGUCGGGGUUAGAACACGUAUUCUAG